AUGUUGUCGAUCUGCUUUCGAUGCGUGAGCUACGCAAGCAGAACUAUCGAUAAUGCUGCGAGUCGGUGCAUCUUCUUCGCUGACAAAUCUAUCAAAUGCGAGCGUUGCCGUACUAUCAAGUCAACUUGCAUUUCCCUCUUUGCAGAAGUCGUUAGUGCCGGCAUAGUCUUGAUGGAUGCGAUGACGGCCAUAGAUAAUAGAACUAGGACGGCCGACGACGUUUUUCGUAAGGGCACAGUUGCAAAUAACUUCUUUAUAAAGACCCGCCGUGCUUUCGCCUCUCGAGUUGGUGAUGCUUCUUCCUUUCUUCGGGCCCGUGUCGCCGCUGCUUCCCUUGCCGCCGCUAAUGCUGGAGGUCCCUUGGCUAGCUUGGGUCCCGUCCCGGCGUUACGCUUACUUGCCGCCGCUGCUACCGCCGAUCCAGCUUCGCUAGACCUGCUGCGUUAG